AUGAAGUCCACCUUUUUUGUGGCCGCUUUGGCCGCUGUCGUUCAGGCAGAGUCCUCUGUCGUCCAGGCAGAGUCCAAUGAGACUGAGAAGCCCAAUUGGGCUGAGAAGAUCUGGAAUGAUGCCACGGCUGCCAUCACCUGUGCGGCUUGUGAGGGACUUUUAGGGACGCUCAAGGGGGCGGCCGGUCUGGGACAGCAUGCUUUGGAGAAUAUCCUGGCCGAUGUGUGCAAACUCGCAAAGAUCGAAGAUGACGAUGUCUGCGAGGGCAUCAUUGCGGAACAAGGCACCUCGGCUUACUACGUCCUUACCCACCUCGACGUCGGCUCGCACACCUCCAAGACCUUCUGCGCCAGCAUCACCAGCCUCUGUGAAUACCCCGACAUCCGGCCCUACAACCUCACCCUCCCCCCGCGUCGACCGGGUACCAAGCGUCCGGAGCCGAGCGGACAGAAGCCCAUCCGGGUCGCCCAUAUCAGUGACACACACGUCGAUCAGCACUACGAGGUUGGCGCCAACUACUUCUGCUCGAAGCCCAUCUGCUGCCGCAGCUGGGACCCCGAGGUGGACGCCCCCGGCAACACGUCGUACCCGGCCGGCCCCUGGGGCAACGAGCAGUGCGACCCGCCCCUGCGCCUGGAAGACAGCAUGGUGAAGGCGAUCGCCGCUCUCGACCCCGACCUGACGCUCUACACGGGCGACAUCCCCGCCCACGACGUCUGGCAGGCGAACCAGACCGAAGUCCUCCUCAACUUCGAGUCCACCUACGACAACCUCGGCAAGCUAGGCCUCGUCUACGGCGCCCUGGGCAACCACGACACGGCCCCAAUCAACGCGUUCCCCUUCGGCAAGGUGCCCAAGUCGCACGCGCCCCAAUGGGCCUACGACGCGAUCGAGCGCGAAUGGAGCGAACUCGUCCAAAACGGCGGCGACGCCUCCGACUUCGCCUCCUCCUACCACGAGGGCUCCUACGCCGUCAACUCCCAGGGCGGCAAGCUGCGCAUCAUCUCCUACAACAGCAUCUACUACUACAAGUACGACUUCUACGCCUUCCAGGAGCCCAUGGAGCACGACCCCAACCACCAGUUCGCCUGGCUCAUCAAGGAGCUCGACGCCGCCGAAAAGGCCGGCCAGCGCGUCUGGCUCAUCUCGCACAUCCCCUCCGGCCACAACGACAUGCUCCACGACUACUCGCACUCCCUCGACCUCAUCGUCAACCGCUACGCCGCGACCAUCGCCGCCCUCUUCUUCGGCCACACCCACACGGACCUCUUCCAAGUCUCCUACACAAACUACACCACCCGCUCCGCAGACACCGCCUCCGCCAUCGGCUACGUCGCCGGCUCCAUGACCCCCGACGCAGGAAGCCCCACCUUCCGCAUCUACGACGUCGACCCAUCCACCUUCGCCGUCCUCGACUACACAGUCUACACAGCCAACAUCAACAGCACAAACAGCACCGACCACGAACCCGCCUGGACCAAGUACUACUCCGCAAAGGAAGCCUACGGCGCCCAGCUCUCGCCCCCCGUGACCGACCCCAAAGCAGAACUCACCCCAGCCUUCUGGCACCACGUCACCGAGCGCUUCGAGUCCGACGCCGCGCUCUUCCAGAAGUGGUGGGCCCGCACGACCCGCGACUACAACGUCACCGAGUGCGUCGACUCCUGCCAGGAGGAGCAGAUCUGUGCCCUCCGUGGCGGCGACGCCCAGUUCAACUGUGCCUCGAAGCCCGCGCUGAGUCUGCCGAAGCGCGAUGGUGCUGUUGUGCAGGUUGCUGCCAAGCCGCCUCGCCCGGUGUGUGAGGAUGGUGGUCUCCCGCGUGUGUUGAGCAUGCUGGUGCGGAAGACGGGCGGUGCUGGUCAGCUGGAUCAGCUGUUGCAGGAGAAGGCCGCUGCUUAUAAGGCUUGA